AUGGCCAAGGGCGGGCUGAGCAGCAAGCUCAAGUGCAUGAUCAGGCGGUGGCACUCAUCGAGCCGGAUCUCGCGCACGCCCUCGGCGGUGUCACACGGCGGCGAGGAGGAGGACCCGUGGGGCCGCGGCGUCGGCGGCGGCGGCGGGGGCGGGGCGGCCUCGUUCCACGGCGCGGACGGCGUGCCCCCGGGCCUCCACCCGGUCUACGUCGGCAAGUCGCGCCGCCGCUACCUCAUCGCCGCCGACCUCGUCUGCCACCCGCUGUUCCAGAACCUCGUGGACCGCUCGGGUGGCGGCGUGGGCGGCGACGGCGCCGGCGGCACCAUCAUCGGCUGCGAGGUGGUGCUGUUCGAGCACCUCCUCUGGAUGCUGGAGAACGCGGACCCGCAGCCCGAGUCGCUGGACGAGCUCGUCGAGUACUACGCGUGUUGA